AAGAAGGAUGUUUGGAAUAAUGAGAGGAUAAACCAAACUGGAUAUCUAGGACUACAGUUAACAAUACAAGCUUUCUCAGGAAACUUAAGUCUCCGGUGACAAAUAAGAGUCACAACAAGACAGGAUACACAUGGACCCAACCGCUGAGCAGAAGGGAUAUGGGAGGCAAACAGACUGUGAUCCAUUGUCUUAACAUGUGUUUUUAAAAGCUUUCUUAUUAUUCAACCUCAGCUUGCAAUGCAGAGAUCACUAAGUUCAGCGCUCCUUUGCUCUGCCAAGAUGGAGAAUCGCCUUCAGAUCUUCUGGCCAGUGCUACUUCUUGUGGCUCUGAUCAUCCAGCCCAGUGAAGAGGCAGAGGUCUUGUGUACUGGGACAGCUUGCUACACACUGGACUUAGGAAAGCACUCAUGGAUAAAUGCUCAGCAAAUGUGCAAAAACAAUGGGGGAAAUCUGAUGACCCUGAAGAGCCAAGAGGAGGCUUUAAUUGUCCGGCAGCUACUGAACAAGACACCCCAGGAGGGAGCUGGCACAGAUGUGGAGGUAAGAGUGUGGAUUGGGCUCCACCGAGAGAAGGGCAAAUGCUAUCAGCAGCAUCAGCCCCUGAAGGGCUUCGUCUGGGUGACAGGAGGCAUGGAAACCAAUUACUCUAACUGGGGACGAGAGCCCCGGGGAACAUGCACAACAAAUAGGUGUGUCACCAUUCAAGGGACUUUCUCCUCAUCUCAAGAACUAUCUUGGGCAGAUGGUCCAUGCAGUCAGGCAACCAAGGGCUACUUGUGCAAGUUCAGCUUCCAGGGCAUGUGCCGGCCACUUGUAUUGGCAGGGCCAGGUGUUGCCAGAUACACCACCCCUUUUGGCGUGACUACAGCUUCCCUUGCAGCAGUGCCUUUUGGCUCCAAUGCUAAAGUGGAGUGCGGACCUGAGGGAAAAGAGAUUACUACCUCCUACCUCAUGUGCAUGCCCCAGCCAAACAGCAAUAUCUCUGAAUGGAGUAGCCCUGGGCCAUUUUGUGCUUCACCUGCUUAUGGCUGUAGCUACAGCAAUGGGGGCUGUGAGCAUGACUGCCUAGACCGGGGUGGGGGCUUGUUUGAAUGCUCUUGCCACUCUGGAUACCAACUUGGCGGGGAUCAUCUUUCUUGCAUUCCUGUGGACUAUUGUAUCUCCAGUCCAUGUCAGGGGAAGUGCUUGCCAUACCCUGGUGGCUUCACAUGUCAGUGCUCUGAGGGCUAUAUGUUGGCCGAAGAUGGGUUGAGUUGUCUGGAUGUGGAUGAAUGCAGGGCUACCCUCGGGCCCUGUGAACAGAUCUGUGUGAACACAAUAGGCAGCUUCAUAUGCCGCUGCCACCAAGGCUAUAAGCCUACUGAACCUAAUGGCCAAACAUGCCAGGACAUUGAUGAGUGUGCUACACUCACACCGUGUGACCAAGUUUGUUUAAACACACCAGGCUCCUUCCUUUGCUCUUGUCAGACUGGCUAUGAGUUGGAGGGGGUCAAUAGUUCUUCUUGUCUAGAUGUUGAUGAGUGCCAGGAAGAGCUUUGUGAGCACAUGUGCAUCAACCAGCCAGGAAGUUACCAGUGCUCUUGCAGGCCAGGCUGGAUUCUGGCACCCAAUGAGAUCUCUUGCUAUCCAGAUACAACUACUUCUUUCCCACCUACCCAGAAACAGGAAUUGGUGAGUCCAGAAAAUAUUGUUCCUGCUUCAGAGACACCGGCCCCACUUUCUACUUCCUCUGUUCAUGUUGAAGAAGAAAGAAUUAUUGUAUCCCAGGAAUCUACUCUCCAGCCAAAUGUGUUCAGCAGUCCAUUAGAUGCUAAAAAUGUUGUCAGAGAUGGCUACACAGACAAUAGUAGUGGCAACUCCAAGCAACUUCUAUAUUACAGCUUGGGUGGGGUGGCUGUCUUGCUAUUGUUGGCUCUUGUUCUAAUUGGGGUGGCCUACAAGAAAAUGAAAGCCAAAGAAGCCAAGAAAAAAUCUACAAAUGCUGCCGAUAACUAUUCUUGGGUACCAGAUCAGCGGGAGACUAGAGCACAGAGCAACGAAUACAUGAGGGAAGCCAAGCCGAGGGCUCCUUCCCGCAGGCAAGCAGGCAUGUGGCUCCUGAGGCUGCUGCUGCCGGUGGUGUUGGCGGUGUCCGCUCCUCCUUCCCCUUCCUCUUCGGGGGCGCAGUGCGUGGGCUCGGCUUGCUUCGCCUUGUUUUGGGCGGCGCGGAGCUUCUCCGAGGCGGACCAGGCGUGCCAGGGAGGCGGCGGGCGGCUCAUGACGGUGCGCUCGACGGUGGCAGCGGAGGCCAUCGCUCUGCUCCUGCGAGGCGGGCCCGGCCGCGCUUGGCUGGGCUUGCACCUACCUGUGGGCGCCUGCCGGGAGCGGGGAAAGAAGUUGCGCGGCUUCCAGUGGGUCUCCGGCGACGAGCGCACCGACUACGCUGCCUGGGAUGGAGAUGAAGCAGAGGGAGACUCCCUGCCUGCUUUGUGUGGCCCUCGUUGCGUGGUGGUGACCCCAGAAGCGCUGUCUUGGGAGGAGAGCAGCUGCGACACCCCCUCCGACGGCUUCCUUUGUGAAUACAGCUUCCCCUCUGGCACCUGCGCUCCUCUGAAUCCCCCACCGUCCGCGGAGGUGCUUUACGUGACUCCCUUCGGGGCCCGGGAGGCAGAACUGGCAUCCUUGCCCCCAGGGAGCACGGCCCAAGUGCCCAGCUUGGGGGCCACCCUGGAGUGCAUAGCACAAGGCCAAGAUGAGCCCCGAGUGCGCUGGCGCUCUGUCACACAAGGCGCCUGGGACUGUCGCUUGGAGAACGGGGGCUGCGAGGGGCAAUGCCACCCUGGAGAGACAGGGCAACCUUAUUGUACCUGCCCCGGCGGGGUGGCUUUCCUAGAGGACGAUGGUCUGAGCUGCCGAUCCCUCUGUGCCAACCUGGACUGCGAGCAUCACUGUGUGCCACAAGGCGACUCUGCCGUCUGCAUGUGCAUGGAAGGCUACCUGUUGGACACCAACGGCAAGAGCUGCGUGGACGUAGACGACUGCCAGACCCAACCCGGUCCCUGUGAGCAGGAGUGCCUCAAUACCCCGGGGGGCUUUGAGUGCCGCUGCUCGGCGGGCUACGAAAUGGAUGAGGGCAAGUGCCAGGAGGAUAGGCGGCCCUGCUUCGACCUGCACUGUCAGCACGACUGCACCCUCAUAAAUGGGAAGCACAUAUGCACCUGCAUUGAGGGCUAUGUUCCAAACCCCUUAAAACCCAACGAAUGUCUCCAGUUCUGUAACCAGAGCCAGUGCCCGGCAGAGUGCGACCCCCACACGGGAGACCACUGCGACUGCCCGGACGGUUUCAUCUCUGACGUGACCGAAGAUGACAUUAAAGUUUGUACUGAUAUUGAUGAGUGUCAUUCCGGGGAAUGUGGUAAAUUGGAGUGUGUGAAUACACCAGGAAGUUACCAUUGCAUCUGCCCCAGUGGGCAUGUCCAAGAUCAGAAGCCCUGUGAGGAAGAUGAGGAGGGCUCAGGUGGAACGGAAGUGUACUCCAGCACACCGGCUACUACUACUGUACCACCAAAGGAUGGCAGCAGCCGAGGGGUGCUGGUUGGACCCAUUGUUAGUACAAUGUUGAUGAGUAUUGUGACAGUAGUGCUUUUGUGCUAGUUGAUGCAGAAGCAUUGCAUUGCACUGCACAGCCCUGAAAGGAUUCAGGAAGUCUGUAGUGUGGUUCUGUAGCAGGUCAGCCCAAACAAUUAAGGAAGAAAAUGUAGGAGACUAUGGCCCCUUCCACACAGCUGAAUAAAAGUCCAUGCUAUCUGCUUUGAACUGGGAUAUAUGGCAGUGUGGACUCAGAUAACCCAGUUCAAAGCAGAUAUUGUGGGUUAUUCCGCCUUGACAUUCAGGGCUAUAUGUGUGGAAGGGCCAUAUGUAUGCAGGGAAAGGGAAUGGGGAAUGUUUGUAAAAGCUGAAUGGAAAUAGUGACAGAUCCCAAUGACAAACCUUGGGCAGAUACUAUUUUCUUAAUGUUUUUAAAUACUGGAUGGAAAUAGUGACAGAUCCCAAUGACAAUCCUUGGGCAGAUACUGUUAUAUUAAUGGUUCUCUGAAGGAACACUGGAAACACUUUUUCAGCUCAACUUCCUGA